GCUCCCGAAUGCCCCCACCGUCUAGGUCAAACUGUCACAGGCCGUCGCCCUGGCGCAGUGGUAUUAUGUAUUGGCUUCAGGGCUACAGGAGUUUUAUUUUUGGAUAGGUUACGGACACUGUUGCCCUCUGCCAUAGGCAGGCUGGGGCUCAGUUGUGGAUGAGGCAGUCCUUGUCACACUCCAUGCUGGGAUUAGCAGGCUGCGAGCAUACUCCCCAAGCCAUCACACAAAAGGUUGGACAUGCUGAUGGAAGCGAGCUACAACAAUGGGCUGGACCCGGACCUCUCCCAACCAUAUCCUCCUCCAGUGCUACCUAAGCCGGGCAAAGACAACGCAAGACUCCAGAAACUAAAGAAGAAGAGAUCCAAGAAAAAAGGUGGCCCCUCCCAGACUCCUAUCCCCUUCCGCACCUGUUUGUCUCCUGUCAAUGAAGCAAGCACGGACCUCGAACACAGCGACCAUCCCUCCCCGUCUAGGUCCCCAAAUUCAACUUACCUCGGGGAUUCCUCAGUCUCCAAUUUCUCAACGGCUCCUUUCUAUAAUAACUGCAAAUCCCCCUUCCCUCCUGCACGCAGCAGCCCCUUUCGCCCAACAUGCAGUUCUCCGCUACAGCACUACAAACCUCCUGUCCGUUCAUAUGAGGAACAGGCGGCUCCACUGUAUGAGUGCUCAUCUUUUUUAUUUGAGGAUGACACCCCUUUGACCAUGCCAUCGCUGUCCCCAUCCCCACCACUGGAGGGGGUCGCAGCACCACCUUCUGUCUCUCCCUUUGUCUUAACAAAGUCCAAAGGCUCUUUGGGUUCAUUCUCUGCAAUACUUAAAGAACCAACCCCCAUGCCCAAUUGUAGCCCAAAAAUUUCCACCCACACCCUGACCCUAUCGUCCACUGGCCCCACGACUGGUCAAGAGCAGACUUCAUCUCGAGUUCUGGAUUUAUCGCUUGUUCCGGCACUGCUAUCAGUUUCAGUCCCUCAGACACAGCCUUUAAGUGGCAGCAAACACAAAACAAACUCACAAUCAAAGGCCAAAGCCUCUUUGACCGCCAAGCCUGCUUGUAAUUCCGUUUGUCCUAACAGCCAAAUACCGCCUGAGUUGACCGACUCAAAUAUAACACUUGUUGAAACGGUCAAAGAGAAGAAUUAAAUUCCCAGCAGACAAAGAUUUACACAUCCAAGGCAACCUUUUAUGAGAUCUCUAAGCCCCCUUCGCUGCAGGAUCUCACAGUAUGUGCUGCAUCGUCCCAAGGUGCAUCAUUAUCUACUGGAG